ACCUUUAAGACAAAAUGCACGCCUCUCGAAAGUCUCUGCAGCGCCACCAAUAAAUAGAAAGACAAUUUGUUAGAGAUAGCCGUUAACCGCCGCCACCUGCCGGCUGCCACCACCACCGCCAAGACCCCUUGCCAAAAUGGCCAUCUCCACCACCCUCAAUCUCUCACCAACGACGCCACGCUAUCUCUUUCUGCACCACUCCUCUUGUUUCUCAUCGCCGUCUAUAUCGCUGUCCCCCACCCUAACAAAACCCACCCUUCUUUCACUUGCUUUAACCCACACCCAAAAGCGCCCCAUAUUCUUAGCCUUCUCCUCCAAUGCAGCCUCCACGAAUAGUAAUAUUGACUACAACCUUGUGAGUGGCGAUGGCAGUGGAGGAAGCGACAACGGCAGAGGCGGAGGAGGAGGAGGAGGAGGCGGAGAUAAUAAUGAUGGAAGCGAUGACAGUAACAAGAAGAACAACAAAGAAGAGGCCUUUAUGGCAUUAGCUGAGGCCAGUAGGAGUCUUGAGAGUUUGCCAAAGGAUUUGAAGGCAGCCAUUGAGGAUGGAAAAAUACCGGGAUCGAUUUUGUUGAGAUAUUUUGAAUUGGAAAAGUCUGGUUUGCUUUCUUGGUUAAUGAAGUUUGGUGGAUUCAAGGAGAGAUUAUUGGCUGAUGAUCUCUUCUUGGCUAAAGUCUUCAUUGAAUGUGGCGUUGGAGUCUUCACCAAGACUGCUGCAGAAUAUUCACGACGGAAGGAAAACUUUUUCAAUGAGCUGGAAAUUGUUUUUGCUGAUGUGGUGAUGGCCAUAAUUGCAGAUUUUAUGCUGGUCUACCUUCCAGCUCCUACUGUUUCUCUCCGACCGCCGAUUGCUGUCACUGCUGGACGCCUUGCCAAGUUCUUUUACAGCUGUCCAGAUAAUGCAUUCCAGGUUGCGUUGCGUGGAACCUCAUAUUCAUUUUUACAGAGAAUAGGUGCCAUAGUGCGUAAUGGAGCAAAGCUGUUUGCUGUUGGCACUACUUCAUCCUUGGUUGGGACGGUUGUGACAAAUGCAUUGAUAAAUGCUCGAAAGGCUGUUGAUCACUCUGCUGGAGAUGAGGUCGAGAAUGUCCCAGUACUGUCAACAAGUGUUGCCUACGGCGUAUAUAUGGCAGUAUCCAGCAACCUUCGAUACCAGGUUUUGGCUGGUGUGAUUGAACAAAGGAUGUUAGAGCCUUUGCUGCAUCGUCACAAGUUAUUUUUGAGUGCAAUUUGCUUUGCUGUGCGAACUGGCAACACGUUCUUGGGUUCCUUGUUGUGGGUUGAUUAUGCUCGUUGGAUAGGGAUUCAAAAGGCUCACGAUGUAGAGUCACAAGUGGGUACUUCAGCUUCAUGCUGAGGCCCGUGAAGUGAAUGUGAGUUUUCCCAUUCGUCGACUAUUUAGAAGUUGUUUACUUGGGAUUUAUCGAGUUUAUCGAAAUGGUCUUCAGAUAUUCACAGGGUUUGUGUAUUGAUAUUAAUAAUUGUGAAUCGAUUAAUUUGGUUUUCAUUUAUCAUUUCUUUUUAGCCUGGAGAUUUAUUUUCCUAGUAAAUGCAUAAACUUGGUUUCUUCGAGUACACAGCUAUGUAUUGUCUUAACUUGAGACAAUACUCAUAAGUUGUUAUUAUUGCUUUAAUAUUGACUUUAAUGAAAUAUUUCUGUCAA